UCCACCUGGUCACACUGUUCCUCCAGUUGGACUGUGGGGGGCGAAAAUAAAAAUAAGAACAAUCAUGUCCACUCUGCAACUAGAAUUUUCGCAGGCAAUGACCGACUUCAAGAAGAUGUUCCCGGACAUCGACCGCGAAGUGAUUGAGGCCAUCCUGCGAGCGAAUCUUGGGGCCGUGGACCAAACCAUCGACGCCCUGUUGGCCAUGUCUAUUGACAACCAGAACGAGAAACUGCGCAAUGAACUGGAUGCUAAUGUUUCGCCCCAGCAGAGCCUCAUCAACCUGAACGAUUCGAACAAAGACCUGCAGCUGGUGGACACCACAGACGGCGGAGGAGCGGGAGCCGUUGGAGCACCGGGUGUACCCAAUACUUUGCUGCCAACAGCUGGUGCCUCGCCGAACCACCAGAACACGGGCGCUUCGCCCAAACAACGUCCAUUGGGAUCGGCUAACAGCAAGGGGAGCAGCCAGAACAACACGCCCACCAAGCGCAGUCGUCGCUGGAAUCCGCCUAUCCUUGGUCCGCUGCCGGCAGGCUUCCUGCGGAUCACCCCAGCUCCCGGGCAGCAGGACUUCGAGCUGCCUGACGAACAAUUCGCUUUGAUGCUGCAGAACGAAGAGUUCAUGAACCAGCUGCGCUGGAAUCAGGACUUUAUGAACGCCCUAGAAAAGGAACAGAGCGGUAAAGCCAAGGGCGAGGAUGACGCCCCCUUCCAGGAGCGGCUAAAGAACAUGGGCAAGAUGUCGCGUAAGAAGUUCCUGCAGAUGGCCCGAGUUUUCACCUGGCAGCGCAACAAGAAGGUGACCACGGCCAAGCAGAUAGACUCCUUGCCGCUCCGGGAGGAACCCAGUGACGACGAGGAUCACCACCACCACCAGCGGGAUCAGCAACAGUCCAGCCAGCAACAAUCCAGCCAACAGCAGGGUCAGUUGCAGCUGCGCAAGUGAAGCGGAACGUUCUGUUAUCUUAUCUCAACGGCCAUAACGUGACGAUCACGUGCGCAGUAAUCUCUCCAAAUCGUAACACAGACCCAAGUAAUCUCCAGGCAAGAACGAAAUCUCCUAUCCCAAUCUCAACACAAAGAUGCGAUGGUAUUACCCUAGUUUUAACCUUAAGUGCAAUUUUUACCCUACCGUGCAAUAUCUCCCCUUAUAUAUUCCUUAUUGUUUGUAUACGUUUUGUUUACCCCUUUCGUUGUUGCCAAAUUAGCAUAGUUAAGUUUUAUCCAUUAUUUGUAAUCAAAACUCAAAGCGGAAUCUAUUGAGCCGCGUCUGCUAGAGAACCGCACUCAUACACACGUUCGACUGAUUAUAGAAAGCGUUAAUUAACCAAGCAUCACACCAGGAAUCGGAGACGAGUCCCCCUCAAGUAGAGCACUUUGCUUAGCCCAAAACCUAGUCACAAAGCGGAACUCGAGCCACUUAUUGUACAGUAAUCGAAAAACUACCACGUAAAACCUGUCUUUAAUUCCACUUUAUACAUUUUAACUGCUGGCCAGAGCUUUGCCAACUUCUACGAAAAAUGCAUGAAUUAAUAUUGUACACCCGCGAAUCUCUCGGAACUUGCAUACCAUAUCAGCUGUGGAUACAAUGCAGUUUUACUACACCUACGCCCCAACCUAACUCCGAAUCGAUCCUAUCGCAGAUCUUACAGUGAAUUAAUAUGCGUGCUAUAAACUAGCAAAAUAUUAUAAUUAUAAAGAGCGGCUAUUUGAUUGUAAUUGUAUAUGUAUAAAUAUUUGAAUAACCUUAUAUAACUAUUCCAGGUAUCAAAUACAGAUAUUUCAAAACUUCAAAAAUCUGUUUUAUUUUGGGAAGAACAUCCCAAUCCUAUUAAUAAAUACUCUCCUUAAUUGAAUUUAUUUAAUUUUUAUUUUGUUUUUGCAUUUCCUUUUUAAUUUUUUAUAAACAUAAUACAUUUAUUAAUAAUUAAAAGAUGAUCGAUCCUUUUGACCUACUGCGCCGCGAAUUCAGGACUACGAUUGUUCUAAGAUCAGAAAGACAAACAGCCCUAAAAACACGGCCAGUAUGGUAACAAGUUCGAAAAAAUGGUUUUACAAUUACAGUUUUCACACGCUCAUUAUUACAUUAUGUUAUUGUAACGGUUUGUUUGUUUAUUAUAUUCAAAAAUGAUUUGUAUCUUUAUCAUAUAUUUAAUAUAUACGUUUGGGCUUAGGUUUUUAUUUAGUUUUAAUGUUGGUUGGCUGUGUUUAGACUUUGAUUUAAGGGCAUAUUGGUUACUACUCGUACGCGAAGUUUAUGCAAUGUUUAUUAUGAAAUAUUUGUAAAUUACUUCGUUUUUAGGUUUCUUUUCAUUUUGGGAUUGACACGACAGUUUAUGUUAAACCAUUUCUUAUGUAUUAAAUAUACUAGAAUUUGUGGCCGUCUCUGUACUUGUUUUUGUUUUUAUCAGGAAGCGGAAAUGAGGAACAGCACUCCCUCUUAUUUCCGCUUCCGCCUUGCUUUUUCGCUCUCUGAGAGCAUGCCGGAAAGUGUCAGUGUAUGUGUAUGUGCGUAUGUGUAUGUGGGUUGGGUGUGAAUGUGGGAUGUGGCUGGUAUGUAUGUGUGCGUGUGUGUUCAAUUUUGGAUGCAAUUGAUCAUGUUAAACAAUUACUUGUAAAUUUGUUUUAAACUAAUUACUAAAUGGGCUCAUUACUUCUGGUUGUUUGCAACAUUUUGACAUCAUUUGCAUACAAUAUUUUUAUAAAAUAUGUUCCUUAUUCAUGAUUCAUUCCUUUCUCGAUUUAUUUGCUCAUUUCUUUCGUGGAAUUUUUUAUCUUUUAGGCGUACAAUUUAGUUUAGCUUAAUUUGAUUUUGUUUUUGAAUGUUUUUUUCGGUUCUAUUUUAAGAUAUACUUGUUGUUGGUUGGGUUUUUCAUGUGUAUAAGUAGUUGUAGAUGUGUAGAGUACAAUCGAAAAGAAUCAAUAAAUACGAAUGUUUUAGUUUACGAAUGUUUCACUUGUUGCAUAAUUUAAAAAACGGCUCAAAAACGAACGACAAAUAUAUUUAAAUAUGUAUAUAUAUAUAAUAAUUCCCCAUAUGUAUUAAUGGUUAAUCAGCGAAAAAUAGUACAAUCAUAAUAGUAGUAAAUGGUAAUAAUUACAAAAACUUGAAACA